AUGAAUACCUCUCACUUCCUGACUUCGCUUUCCCCAGGAUUUUCCCUGGGUGGGAACAAAAGCCACCCAUUGAGCAUUCUGUACAACUUCUCUGACCACUGCCAGGAUUCUGUGGACUUACUGGCCUUCAUCAUCACCUGCUAUGGCAUUGAAACUGUCUUGGGGGUCUUGGGAAACCUCUUCUUGAUAUGUGUAACCAUGAAGCAGAAAGAUAAAACCAAUGUGACCAACCUGCUCAUUGCCAACCUGGCCUUGUCCGACUUACUAAUGUGCCUCAUCUGCCAGCCACUCACGGUCACCUACACCAUUAUGGACUACUGGAUCUUUGGUGAGGCCCUGUGCAAGACGUCAUUCUUCAUCCAGUGUGUGUCUGUGACAGUCUCCAUCCUCUCUCUUGUCCUUGUAGCCUUGGAGAGGCAUCAGCUCAUUGUCAACCCAACCGGCUGGAAACCCAGUGUCCUUCAGGCCUACCUGGGAAUUGUGGUAAUCUGGCUCAUUGCAUGCAUCCUUUCCUUGCCUUUCUUGAUCUAUAGCAUCCUUGACAGUGUCUUCCAUCAGGAGCACCCUAAGGCUUUAGAGUUUCUGGCAGACAAGGUAGUGUGUACUGAGUCUUGGCCCCAGGAACACCACGGUAUCAUCUACACCACCUUCCUGCUGCUCUUCCAGUACUGCAUCCCGCUAGGCUUCAUCCUGGUUUGCUACCUGCGCAUCUACUUGUGCCUGCGGAGGCAAGGACGUGUGAUCCACAGGGGCACCUACAGCUCACGAGAGGGGCAGAUGAAACGGGUCAACGGGGUACUCAUGGCAAUGGUGGCUGCCUUUGCAGUGCUCUGGCUGCCCUUGCACAUAUUCAAUACCCUGGAGGACUGGUACCCCGAGGCCAUCUCCGUGUGCCAUGGUAACCUUAUCUUCUUGGUGUGCCACCUGCUUGCCAUGGCCUCUACCUGUGUCAACCCUUUUAUUUAUGGCUUCCUCAACACCAAUAUCAAGAAGGAGAUCAAGGCGUUUGUGCUGACCUGCCAGCACAGCCCUUCCCUGGAGGAGGCUGAGCCUGUGCCCCUGUCCACAGUGCACACGGAAGUUUCCAAAGGGUCUCUGAGGCUGGGUGGCAGGUCUAAGGCCAUCUAG